AAAUAUUAAUUGAUUAAUGAUAACAAUAAAAAUAACUGGUUUAUAUAUAUAUUUGUUUAUAUUAAUUAAUUGACAUUGUUUGUGAGUUGUGACAACAACAUAAAAAUUCAUGAUGGAUUCAUGGAUUAGUGUUAUUAUUGAAUGGAUAAAUUGUUUGGAGAUAAAUGAUAAAACAAUAAGUGACAUUGAUGAGCUUCAAGAUGAGGCAUUUUACAAUAAAUUACUAUCUCAAAUAAAUUAUUAUGAUGAUGCUACUUCUUGUGAGACAUCAAGUCUAAUUGAAAAAUUUAUUAAAAAUGAAUAUCCUGAAUUUAUAGAGUAUACAAGUGACAUAUUAAAUAAUAAUGUUUAUAUUAGUUCAUUAUUACUUUUGACUGCAUCACAAAAAGUAUCAUUUCAUCGUCCAAUGUGUACAUUAAAAAAUGAUACUCAAGUGUAUAUUAAAAAAUUUCUUGAAGUUAUAUUACCAUUUGGUAAAAGUAUAACACCAGAUAUUAUGAUGACAACUAUUUUAGAAAUGAGUGAUGCAACACCAAAGACACCAACUUCAUUGACACCCAGAGAAUGUCGUCCAUUAAAAAAUUUUUUUACCUCACCAGCAGCACAAUCAGCUCAAAAAUAUCGUAUUAUUAAUGAAAGAACUCGUGAAUUAAGAUUAUUAAAAGCACAAUUAGAAACAGAAAGAUUUGAAAAAACAGAUUUACUUGAAGAUUUAAAAAUUCAAGAAGACAAGUUAAUAACAUUACAAAAAAAACUUGAUGAAAAAACAGCUGAGAUCAAAUUAAUUAAGCUUGAAAAAUCAAAAUUAAUGACACCUCAAUCAGCAAGAAAAAAUAAAAAACAAGAACAACACAAAGAACAACGUUUAACUAAAGAAAUUGAAAAUCUUGAAUUAUUUAAUUCAAAGCUAAAAGAUGAGCUGGAUCAACUUCAAUAUGAAACAAAAGAUUUGAACCAAAAAUUAAUUUCCAAAGAACGUCAAAAUGAAACAUUAAAAGACAAAUCAAAUACAUGUCAAAGAAAUUUAGAAUUAUUGAAUAUUCAACUUGAAUUAAAAAACAAUGAAUUACUAGAUCUUCGAGCCCAAAAUGAAGAGUUAAGAUCUCAUAUUAAUAAUAUGCAAAAAUGUACAUUUGAUGCUGAUCAAAGUUUUGAGAUUGAUCAAAUGCCAAGAGCAAUAUCACCAACAUCAAGUCUCAAUACAUCUGAGGUAUUGAGCACAAUUAUUGAUAUUCAACUUCAAGAAGCCAAGGAAGAAACAGCUAAACUUCAAACACAAUUGGACAAUGUCAAUGUUAAACUUAAAGAGGCAUUAAAAACUUGUGAUGAAUUUAAUAAAUCACAAGAAUUAUUUAAUGUACAAGCUAUUGAGUAUGACAAUAUGAAGAUUAAUCUUGAAAAUAAAGAAUUUGAACAUUCAGAAACAAUUAAACAGCUAGAUUUAUUAGUUGAUAAAAAAAAUAUUAUUAUUAAUAAUUUAAAAUGUGUUAAAGAUCAGCUAUGUGAAAAAGCUAAUUUACUUGAAAAAUCAGAAACACAAAGACAACUAUUAGACUCGACAUUGAAAGAAAAUUAUGAGAAAAUAAAACAACUAGAAAUUAAUAUUGAUAAAUUGACAAAUGAUCUUGAUGAUAAAAAUAAUAAAAUUCAACAAAUGAAUAUUGAUCAGCUAAAGUUAAAUGAAAAUUUAAAUAAUUAUCAACAACAAAUUGCUCAAUUAGAGACACAAUUAAAUCAACAAAAAUUCGAGUUUAAAAAUGAGAUGGAAAAUUUUGAAUUAAAAAUUAAUAAAUUGACAAAUGAAAAAGAUCAAUUGAUUAAAAAUCUAAAUAGUCAAAUAAUAGAAAUGGAAAAUUAUAAAAUCAAUCAAAGCACAUUAAUUCAAGAAAAAGAAAUUAAAUUACUUGAAUUAAUCGAGUUAAAUGAUGAACUUCAAAGUCAAUUAAAACAAGAACGAAAUAAUAUCAUGGAACUGUCAAAACAAAAAAGAGAUCUUGAAUCAAAUUUAUCAAUAGUUGAGGCAAAAAAUCUUACAUUAAUUUCUCAAAUAUCAAAAUUAGAUAUUGAUAUUGAUAAUGCAAAUAAAAAAAUUAAUAAACUUGAAGAACGAUCAAAAGAAUACGAGACAAAGUAUGAAAAUUCAUUGGAAAAAAUUGAUUUUCUUACAUGUGAAAGUGAAAAACUUGGUAAUAUUAAUACUGAAGCUACUGCUGAAAUAUCAAGACUCAAAGAAUUUCAAGAAAAUCUUGAAAAUCAAUUGACACAAGAACAUGAAAAUUGCAUUAAAUUAGUUACUGAAAAAGCAAAUUUAGAACAUCUUGUGUCAAGUAAAAAUCUUGAAACAACUGAUUUAACAUAUAAAUUACAAGAUUUACAAGCUCACAUUGAACAGGAUAAAUUAAAAUAUCAACAACUUGAAACACAAUAUGCCAACUUGACAUCAGACUAUCAAGAGGCAUCAGUGAAAAUAAAUGAUUUAGCAUCAACUGCUCAAUCACGUAUAAAAGAACUUGAUGAUCAGUACAAUUCUAUAAAGAUACAAUUAUCCAAUGAAAAAGUACAUCAUGAUAAUAUUAAUAGAGAAAAAAAUCAUUUAGAAAAUCAACUGUCAUUAGAAAAAAAUAAAACAAUUAAACUUGAUGACAAAUUAUUAGAGAGUCAGGGGAAAAUAAUUGAAAUCACUGAAAAUUAUAAUAAAUUAAAUAAUAAAUAUAUUGAAUUGGAAAAACAAAAUUUAACAACACAAGAAAAAUUAGAAAUGAAUAAUGAUGAACUCAAAAAUUUACAGCAAAAAGAAGAAAAGCUCAAGACUCUUGAGUUGGAAAUAAAAAAUAUAAUUGAUGAAAAAAAUAUUAUUAUUAAUAAUUUAAAAUGUGUUAAAGAUCAGCUAUGUGAAAAAGCUAAUUUACUUGAAAAAUCAGAAACACAAAGACAACUAUUAGACUCGACAUUAAAAGAAAAUUAUGAAAAAAUAAAUCAACUAGAAAUUAAUACUGAUAAAUUGACAAAUGAUCUUGAUGAUAAAAAUAAUAAAAUUCAACAAAUGAAUAUUGAUCUUGAGUUGAAAAUGAAAAAUAUAAUUAAUGAAAAAAAUAUAAGUGAAGAGAAAAUGCAAAGUAUCAUUGAUAAUUUACAAGAAAUAAGAUCUAGUCAAGAUGUCAUAUUGGAGACACAAUCAAAGGCCCUUACUGCCAAACAACAUGAAUUUGAUAAUCUUGAAAAACAAUUUAUCAAUGAAGUUGACGUUGCAAAAGAAAAAAAUAACAAAUUAAUUGAAGAAUCAAUUGCUUUGACAGCAAUUAAUCAAGAAAAAUUAAAAACCAUUGAAAAUGAAUAUAAAUUAAAUUUAGAAAAUGAACAACAACAAAUUCAUAUGUUAAAAAAUAAAAUAUUAAAAUUAAAUAGCAAUCUUUGUGAAUUGAUGGAUUUAUCAAAAAUACUCUGUUCAAUUAUUCAACUAAAAGGACAAAAUGUACCAAUUGAUUUGUCUAAUAAAAAACAACAAUUGUUACAAAUUAAAUUUGAUGAUGAUGAUGAUACAAAUUUAUCUCGAAAUAAUUGUGAUUUGAUAAAUAUUAUUAACAAAGUCAUAAGUAGUCGUAAAAAUAUUGAAGAAAAAUUGAGUUUGCUAAAAAAAUCAUGGCUGUCAAUAACAUCAGAUACACAAAAUAUAUUAACUACAACUUUAUCAGCUUGUGAUGAAUUGAAACAUCUUGAAUCAAUUAAAAUUGAACAAGAUAAAUUAUUUAAUAAUAUACAUGAUCGUUUGUCAAUGAGUUCAACAUCAUUUAUUGAUAUUUUAACUAGUACACUAACAUGGAUUAUUGAUAAUAUUAAUAAUGAUGCUCCAAUGAAUGUCGAUGAUGAUAAAAUUAAUCGAGAAAAGCUACAUUAUGAAAAUGAAAUAAAUAAUAUUUAUAAUAAUAAUAAUGACGAUAUUGAGAAUGAUCUUGCAAUGAUUGAAUUAAAAAUUAAAGAAUUUAAAAGUUGUUCAAGUUCAUAUGAAAUUAAUUUAAAAUCUGGUACAAUUAAACGUGAACAAAAUUGUGAAGAAAAAUUAAAUAAAGAAAAAAAAGAAAUGAAAGACAAGCUAGAUUCAAUGAGAUUAAGAAAUUCAAAAUUAGAAAAAAAUAUUGAUGACAUUAGAUCAGAUAAUAAAAAACUUAAAACUGAAAUGUCAUUAUUAAAUCUUGAUAAAUCAGAAAUUGAAAAAUUAAAAAUACAAAUUCAACAAUUAAAUGAAAAAAUAAAAUGUUUAAAUAAUGAAAAAGAUGAAUUACAAAAACAACAAAAUAACAAUGAUGAAUUUAAUGACAAGUUAACACAAGUACACAUUGAGUAUGGUGAAAAAUUAGAAAAAAUUAAACAAAAAAUGAAAUUAGCAUACAAUGAACAAAUGACCAAAUUAAAACAAGAACAAGAAAAAGCUAUAUUAGAAAACACUAAAUCAAUGCAAGCUAAAAUGGAACAACAGUGUAAAAAAUAUACUCAAGACAUUGAAAGAUACUCAAAACAUAAUAAAAGUUUAUCAUUUAAAUCUUGGGAUGUUAGUGAAAAAUUAAUUGUUGAAAUUAAAGAAAAAGAAAAAGCAUUAGCUAAACUUGAAGAAAUACAAGAUAAAUAUCAACGUCUUCAAUUAAAAUUUGUAUCAUCAUCACCAAUUGAACAAGCUAAUAAUAGCUAUGAUGAUAAAGCUGAAUCAUUUGAAUUUAAAAAUAUUGAUUAUAUACCAGAAAUUAAACAAGAAAAACAAGAUGAAGCAGCAGCAGCAGCAGAAACAUCAAGAAGACAAUCUGUCAAGAGUAUACAAGCUAUGGGUAAUGCAUUUAAAGCUGAAGAUGAAGAAGAAGUAUUUGAUAAUGUUUAUUUAACUGAUUUAAAAGAAGGAAGAUUUCAAACAUCUGAUUAUAGUACAGAUUUUGAAAGAUUGAGUGAACUUAGAAUGAGAAAUUCAAUGUGUAAACCUCAUUUAAAAUCAUCAUAUGCUGCUGAAAGUCUUAUGCAUUCUCUUCAAGUUACCGAAGAAGACAUAAAGAAUGGACCAAUAACUGAGGAUGUAUUUAAUGACAGUCUUAGUCAGAGUCUUUUACCUGGUCAAAAAAUUAAAAAAAAAGAUAGAACACAAACAUCAUAUAAACGUCCUGGACCACCAACUCCAAGUAAAAAUGGUGGUAGAUUAUCAUUACAAGGCAAUGAAUUAAAAAGUCCAAAUUCAAGAGUAUUAAAAGAACGUAAUGAUAAAAAAACAACAGCUACACCAAAACGUCUUAAAGACUUUUUUGGUGUCGCAUCAUUAUCAAAACGUCAAGAUGAGAAUGCACCUGUCACACCUAAACGGCGACUCAGUCAUUUAUUCAGAAAACCUCGUAGCCAUGAUCGUCCUUUGUGAUUUUGCUUGAUGGCUGCAUCAUCAUCAUCAUCAUCAUCAUCAUCAUCAUUAUUAUUAUUACAUCAAC